CGGAGCGAGGCAGAUGCAGCUGGCCCCGCCCCCCGCGCUGGGUGCCUUGCGCUGCUAUGCGCUCCCGGGGCUGCUGUGUGAAGUAUACAGGGACGAGGAGCGCCGCUCUGGAGUGACUACUUCGGCUCUGUACAUGGGGCUACUGUCUGCUGGUGAGAGACGCCAAGGAGCAGAGUCGGCCCACACAGACCAGUGGCUCGUCCCCUACACAGGUGGGAGGGUGAGAGGGCCCUGCACGGACCCGGAAGCACAAGUGAAGUGGACAGAGUGUGGGCAGCCUGGCACCGGGAAUGGGGGAUCAGCAUGAGGAGGCGCCGCACACCCAGGACAUUCAGCACGGCGCCAGCAGUGACGAGGAGGAAGAGGACGAUGAGGAGGAGGACGGGCAGGAGCCCUAUUGUCUCCGUGCUGUCACUAUUGGGGAGACGGAGCGCACCCCCAGCACUAUGGAGGAGCCCCCCAUAGAUAACAGUGUGCCCCCACAGCACGAGCCCGGGAGGUUCAUCAGCUCCGUGGGGCACAAGCCCAGGAAAAGGUGUAGUGUCCUGUGCAGCGUCUACUGCGUGGAGAGUGACUUCUCCGGGGAGCUGCCCCCGGCCGAGCUUCAACUGCAGCGCCCCCUAUCGGACAUCACCCCCAGGAGCUCGCUACGGGGCACCGGAGAACUGCCCCUGAGCCCGGCCAGCCUGGAGCUGGAGCUGUCCCCCUUCCUGAUCAGCAGUCUGGCCGACAAGGUACUCAUGAGCUGCCGGGUGUGCCUGGAGGACAAGUCCUUAAAGCCUCUGCCCUGCUGUAAGAAGGGGGUGUGCGAGGAGUGCCUGAAGCGCUACCUGAGCUCCCAGGUGCAGCUUGGACAAGUGGAGAUAAAAUGCCCAAUAACGGAGUGCAAUAAACACCUGGAUGAAUCCACCAUUUUGUUCAACCUGCCACAUGAUGACAUCAUCAAGUACAAGUACUUUCUGGAACUUAGCCGUAUAGACUCCAGCACCAAGCCCUGCCCACAGUGCAAGCACUUUACAACCUUCAAGAGGAAGAUCCACAUUCCAACCCCUAGCAAAUCCGAGAACAAGUUCAAAAUUCAGUGUCCAUCUUGCCAAUUUGUAUGGUGUUUUAAGUGCCAUUCUCCCUGGCAUGAAGGAGUUAACUGCAGGGAGUACAAGAAAGGGGACAAGCUUUUACGUCACUGGGCCAAUGAGAUUGAGUAUGGGCAAAGGAAUGCUCAGAAGUGUCCAAGAUGCAAGGUCCACAUUCAGAGAACAGAAGGAUGUGAUCAUAUGACCUGUUCUCAGUGUAACACUAAUUUCUGCUACCGUUGUGGGGAGAGAUACCGUCAGCUGCGAUUCUUUGGUGAUCACACGUCAAACCUCAGUAUAUUUGGAUGCAAAUACCGCUACCUCCCCGAGAGACCGCAUGUAAGGAGAUUAGUGCGAGGCUCUGUUUGUGCUGGGAAGCUUCUUAUUGCACCCUUGCUCCUCAUCAUUGGCCUGGCAUUGGGAGCUAUUGCAGUUGUAGUAGGAUUAUUUGGACUGCCUAUCUAUUGCCUUUGUAAAAAGCAACGUAAAAGAACAAGGACUGGUAUGCCGUGGUAAGAGUGGAGGACUUCCUGAAGCUUGAAAAAAGUCCUGUGGGGGCCAAACAAAUGCUGUGUACCGGAGAACAUUACCUUUUAUGUCACCUGGUCUUGGAACAUGAACAAUAGACCACCAUUACUUCAAUAUUCCACUUUAACAGCCCCCAAAGGCAGACCAUAAUGGCACGGAAGGACGGUGCACUCCCAGCUGGAAAUGCCCAGAAUUGCUGCUUUUUUAUUUGUGAUAUUUGUAUUUUUAUUUUGGAACAUGUAUAUGAAUUGCCAUUCCCUUCAUAAAAGAGUAGACUAGAUUUUAUUUUUUUUUCUUCUUUUAUUUGUUAGACAAUCAAAGUAAUUGUUCUGAUUAGAACUUGAAGGCCUGAGCAACCGGCGUCUAUUCCUAAAGCCUUUGUCACAAUUGGCCUGCUGAUAGACGCCUUGAAUUCUAACUAUUGGAAAGUUUUACCAAGUCCAGUAUAGAGCAAAGUCAGCAAUGAUGGCCACAGCAUAGAGAUCUUACAUAUGGAAUGUGUAUGAGUGGGAUACGGCUAUUGAGAUUUAUAAAAUUGUGUCAUUUUGUCACAGGGUUCACACCACCUAACGCCUUGUGUAUCUUUAGAGUUAAGCUGUCUAGCUCCUGUUAAGGCACCUCCAGUGGGAAUACAAUAGUGCAGUGCUGUAUAUUAUUAGAAAAAUCAAUUUCUUUAUCGUUUCUUAUGCUGAUGACUCAGCCAUAGAGCUGUUCAAUUGAACACGGACAUAAAAAAAUGUCCGCUGCCUGUGUUCAUCUAUACAGUGAUGUUCUGGCACAAAAUGGCAUGCAUUCUAGCUUCCAGAUCUUUUUCUCAUGGUGUCUUACUGGUAUAAAAAUAAGAAGCAAUGUCCAGUACAGUUCCUCUACAGCAACAAAUAAGAUCAGCAUUGAAUCCACUGCUUAGGGCAGUGUUUUCCCAACCAGGGAGCCUCCAGUUGUUGCAAAAGUACAACUCCCUGCACCCUGGUUGGAAAAUACCUACUUAGGGUGUCAGAAGUAUGUACAUUGGCCCUGAUUUACGAAGUGUGGGGUUUUAAUUUGCGUGGAAUAUUGCUUUAGACUUGCAUGAUGCCUAUCUAUUUACUAUGGGGAUUCACAGGUGGGGACCAACUUUUUUGGUGAGAAUUUCCAGCCAUUUCUUCACAGGAUAAUAGUAAAUAGGUUGGGUUGUGAAACGUGCCCCUUUUUGAGUCAACCACUCCCCUCUUGGGUUUAUUUUGGAGCAUUGCGCCAAAAAUUCUGGUGCAGGCAUAUGUGAUGCAAGGCACAAAAUUGUGCUGCGCUGUCACAAAAGCAGGUCAGGUUCACAAUAGUAAAAUACCUUGUACUGCUGCUUUAAAGAGUGCAUUUGUAGGUACAAACUGGCUUGCAGCAUGUCAAACAGCUGGUUAAUGGAGGUGCUGGGGGGGGGAGGGGCUAUUGAGCAAAGCAAAUAACACAGCUUUGUACCAGUAAUAGCCGUCCCAGUAUGCUAAGUUAUAGAGAAGAAAUUGUAAUGGCUGCACGUGAUCUAAUAUACAGCUACAACUGCCUAAGGUGGGGGACAUUUUUUUAAUACCAUGUGCCACAUGAAAGAAAACUUGAUAACAUUUAGAUUUCUAUUAGAUCUGUGAAUAUUUUAGGAGACUUUCCGAGCUUGCCAAGAACAAAAAUGCCAAAAUGAACUAGUGUUUUUGUUUUGCCAAUAAACUCUUCUAGCUAAAUGGUGUACCACUCCUAAACGAACUUGGGGAAAUAACUUAUUCUACAGUAUUUUCUGCAGGCUUAGCAAACAGUUCUUUAAAAUGUUCAGAUUCCUUUUUCAUGUAAGGGAAGUCCAUUAAGUGUGAAGCCAACAGAAGGUUUUUUUUUUUUUU